GGAGUCCCAGCAUCUCUUUUCACUCAUACUUCAUCAUGGUCAAGCACUGCAUAGCGAUUCUCCUCACGUUUCUGUCUUUGACCAAAGCAGGCGUCUGUGAGACCCUCCCUGGAUCCUGCAGGAUCGUGUGUGACCCUUCCUCUAAUCGUUCACAUGACCGGAGCAAUGGGUUGGUCAUCCCUCUCACCUCAUCUGCAGCAGGACCUCCUGGUCCACCUGGACCUCCAGGUAAAGCAGGACCCCCUGGCGUACCUGGACCCUCAGCUGUAGGUUCCUCAACUAAGGGAAGUGUGGCGUUCAGUGCUGCGCUGCAGGAUGCCUUCAGCAAGAAUGAUGUGCUAAAGUUCAACGAUGUGAUUACUAAUCUGGGAGCUGGUUAUGACUCAUCGACCGGAGCUUUCACCUGUAAAACUGCGGGAGCGUACUACUUCAUCUUUCACAUUGUGAAGACUGGCCAAAACCUGCGUGUGGACUUGGUUCUUAAUGACCAAACGGUUGUGGCGAGUGCAGUGGCAGUGGACGUCCUGCAUACAGAUACUGCAAGCAACAGUGCAGUGCUGCAGCUGAAAGCCGGAGACCGGGUGUAUGUUCGGCUGAACAACAGUGAAAUAGGCAAGAGGGACUCACAAAGCCGCUUCAGUUCCUUCGCUGGUUACCUGCUGUAUGAGAUCUGAGACCUAACAUGAUUCCUUUCUGCUUUAAACCCUUUCUGUCAGUUUGAAGGAUGCGUCUUUGCAUUCAGACUGUGUGUGUUUCCUUGAAUAAAGAAUGAACUCUCUGGCAA